CUUCGCCCUGAGAUCUUAAGGUUGAAACUUUGACUUCAUUGACAUCGUCAGUUUCUUCACCCGGCAGUCAAAACAGGCGGAGAAGCAUGAAUCUUAAAGCGCUGUUCGCCUGGAUAUGGGGAGUGGUGGCCAUGUUGUUCGUGUCCGCUCAAGCCGUCCCGGCAGCGCCUGCUAAAGUGGCCCCUGCAGGUUAUUUCAAAGAUUUCUUCGAGACCGAAGGAAAUCUAGCAGUAGAGCGCGUCAGACGUGAUGAAAGAGGAUCUGAAAAAGAGUGUCGGGGAGGCGGGAACUCAGACCGCGGGGGACGCGGAUCCGUAAAUCGAUGCCGUAGAGGCCCAAGUGCGCGCGGAGGAGGCGGUGGGGGUGGGGGCCGUGUGAGACGUGACCGUUGAGGUAUGUAAAUAGCCCCACCCACAGCUGUCAUUGCUGAGCAUCCCAGCUUUGCCUAGCAGACAUGUAGUAAACAUAGUAUUUACCUACUGCUGCUGUAACACAACCCUGCUUCGUCUCAUGUAGGACUGAUACAACAUUCAACAAUAGUGACUUAUUCUGCAUUAUUUUUGUCCCAUAUCUUCAAACUCCGGUAAUACAUCGUUACACCUUGCCAACUUUAUUUUCUGUGUUAAAAUACUUUUUGGAUUAAUAACAGUGCUCAUUGACAGUCGUUGCAUCUGAUUUCUGUUUUAAUUUGGACAUCACUACCCA